GGAUGGGGGAGCCGGACUCACCCAGGAGCCCGGACUUCUGGAUGGGGGGCUGGGGAAGGUUGGCCCUGGGCUUGCCUUUUACCUAAUUGGCCCCUCGGAUGUUCCCGCAGAGCACUGGGUUAGAGACGGAUGAGUCCCCUAGGGUACAGACCCCGCGCCACUUCCACCCCAGGGCGCAGAGGGAGCCCCGGUUUCAGCCCCUGCCCCACUCCAUGAAAGACUAACGAGGCGGCUCUAGGGUUAGGGCUGCUGAGUGGGUGGCAGCGGGUGUGUCUGAGGAGCGGGAGGCUGGGGGAGCUGACCCUACAUGGGGAGAGACUGCUGUUGCCUGGGCAGCCGGCAUCAGGCCCCCAGUGUAUGCCAUUUGCUGGUAAAAUAAGGAGACCAACGUCUGUCUUACUUGACCGCCAUUGUUUGUAGGGCAGGGCGUGGAAAGAGGGGCGUGUUAGAACGGUGGUUCUCAACCGGGGGUGACUUUGCCUGCCAUGGGAUGUGUGGCAAUGCUGGAGUCAUUUUGGGUGUCACACAUUUGGGAGGGGAAGUGAGUGUUGUUGUUACUGGCAGGUAGUGGGUGGAGGCAGGGAUGCCACCAGACAUCCUUCAGUGCACAGGGCAGCUCCCACCACGGGGAAUUAUCCAGCCCAGGGCAGUGUGCUGUGGUCAGGUGCCUUCUCAAUGGUUCUCCCUCAGUGAAACUACCUGUUUCCCCAGUGGUUAGGGGAGGAACUUGGAGGAACCCUAAAUGAGAUAAGAAGGCAGCAUGAGGGCAGUUAUUCACCUCGAAAGAGUCCUUUGGUGCCAUGAGCCACCGCCUUCCCCAUCUCCACUGGCCCUUUGGGAAGCUGGUCUAGAUGCUGUAGGUUGGGGGAGGGUUGAGAGCAGGGGCCCCCUCGAAGCCGGGGUCUGAGUGCUUAACCCCAGGGCAGUCUCCCAGGUAGGCUGGGCCGAGGCAGUCCUUGAGCUCAAAUAUCCCUGCUCUGGGAGGGCGGGCAGAGGGUGAAUUCUGUUCCCAUAGAUUUUUCCAAAGCUGGAUUGCUGAGGCUGCCAUGGGUGCCUGAUACCAUGUGACCUGCUGGAAUUUUCCCUUGUGAACCCACACCUAACUCCUCUGAUUAUUUACACCUUUUGAAAGUGACAUCCAAGGAGCAUCAGAGCUCCUAAUUCCUGGGGGCUCCCCUGGCUCCUUUCUCCUGCAAUAAAGAGGGUAUCCUGGGUUAGCCAACAAGCCCUGGAGUGGGCCCAGCUGCUGGUGGGGUGGGGACAUCCCUGCCCUUGUCAUUAGCCAAGCAGAGGUGAGAGAUGGGAAGCAUCAAAGCCCAAUCCAGGUGGCCUCUGAUAGGGAUGACUCAGAAUUGUUUGCGUUGGGCUGGAGGAAGCCACUUCCAGUUUUCUGGCAACGAGGAGGGGAGGCUGGCAUGGUGGGAGAGGAUCGGAUGAAACAGCCACAUGUGUUCCCAGGAGCCGGGCCACCUCCUGCCCUCCCUCCCUGUUCCCUUGCAGUGGCCAUUACACCGUCCUGUUCACUUCUGGACCUGGCUGCUGUGCCUGGUGGAGGUUUUGAGUUUGGGUUGUUGGUGUUGCUGGGUUGUGUUUGGUUUUGUUUUUCUUGGUCUGUCGACUGUAAAAGCCCAAAGUGAAACCCCCACCUUUUCAUUUGUACAAAAAACAAUGACAGUGGUCCCCACCGCUGUGAGCCUCUCAAGGCACAGGGCUGAGCACCCGGACUUGUACAAAGUUGUUCAGGAAGUCAGCAGUGGAGUUCAAGUGUGAACCCGGCUGCCCACCCUCAGGCCUAGCCCAAGAGCUCCACAGACAAACCCCCAGUGACUCCUACCUGUCUGUAUCUGGUGUAAACACACACACACAGAUACACACUCACUCCCUCUCCUCCCCAGGAAGGGGCCAUUUGUUCCUGGGGAGGAGAGGAGUAAAUCACACAAGUGCUCUGGGUGACCCACUUGGGGCCCGAGUCAUGCUCUGGCGUCACCAGUGCUGUUUUUCCUGUGGCCUCAGCUCUGGAUACUAUGGUGGCCUCUCCACCAGGGUUUCUGUCCUCCUUGCUGUGUAAACUGUCCCAGACAAGGUGACAGAUGACAGCAGAAGUCCAGGAGCUGUGCACGCCUGCCUGCGAGUGUCCAAGUGGCCUGGCCGAGCCGCCUGGUGUUACCCUUUGGGCCUGGUCCCCGCCUACUGCUGGCACAGCACAGGGGAGACGUGUACCCUCCUGGCUGCCUCUCCCCCUCCGCACACCCCUCAGAUCCCUGUGCCUUGCACUUCGGAGCAGGCCUUGGAGCUGCCCCUGCUGUCCCAGGGGUUUCCAGAGUGAGCUCACACAUCUGACCGGCUGCACUGGCUGUCAGUUUCCUAUCCCGCUGAGCCAGGCAGGGGGAGGAGUGGUGGGGACAUCUACCGUGCCCAAGACCUCGGCAUUGUGGCGGCUGGGCAGGGCAUGCUCAGGGCACGGGUGGCUUCACAGGGAAACCAAGCCUGCCUGGAAAGUCAUUUUGCCUCCCUAGGAGACCUGGAUGGGUGUAAGGGAAAACUCAUCUUCAGGGACGUACAAAGCACCAGUCUGUCCACGGUCCCUACUUCGGUAAAUGGAUCCGGGCACCGAGCUGGGAGUUGUUUGUGGUCCCAACGCCGCUGGAAGGCAGUUCCAGCCCCGGUGCCCAGCUCCUCCAGGAAAGUGGUUUCAGCCAAGUGGGCAGUGCAGGAGGUGGGCCAAUUAGAGACACUGUGUGAACCGUGAGGGUCACCUUGUCACCAGCAGAAAGGAUGUAGAGGGAUUCCAAACUUCGGGAGCUGGGCCAGGGUCCAGGGGCACAGUUGUCUGUGUGUGACACAACUGAGGCACAGUUGUCUGUGUGUGUGCUCAGUAGGAUGGGGUCACUUAAACAGUCUGUGCCUCGGUUUCCCCAGCUGCACAGUGGCGUCACUAACAGUAAUCUACCCGGAGGGUUGUGUGAGGUGAGGACUCCCAUGGUGAUUUGCAUGCAGCCUUCAGUGUAGCGCCCAGCCGUGGCAGGAGCAGUGAGGGGAGCCAUCAUGAUAAUGGUAUUAUGGUGGCUUCAGGUAGGGGCGUGGCUGCUGGUCCGUGGCACAGACCUGGGAGAUGGCUGAGGCCCUGCCUCGAGGGCUGUUGAGGACUAGACAGGAGCACACUUAGGAGCAGUGGCGCUGCUGCUAUUACUGUUACUCUGUAUGAGUGGCUAUGUCUGGGGUAGGGGGACCUCAGUGCCUUGGUGGCCAAGGGAAAUGCGGGUGGCUUUCCAUCUGGGCAUGAACUGCUGACCUCUGCUGGGGGGUUCCUGGCCUGCCAGUAUGUGUGUCGCUGACGUUGGAGUGGAGGACAGGUCACGGAGUUGGUGCCCCUCAGCUGUACCUUCCUGGUGGAGGUUCCUGAGGCUGGGAGCUGGGCAGAGGUUUUCUCCUCUGCCUCCCCGUGUGGCCCAACCCUGUGGCGGCAGGUGCUGCGGGGAUGGCUUUCUGCUCCUGGUCUCUGGCAAGAAACCUUUUCCCUCUCCCAAUGGGUCUUCCCAGGUUGUCAGCUCCAUGUAGCCAUAAGCAGAUCUGGAAGAGGACAGUUGGGAUCUGCUGUGGGGUUUGGAGUGGGAACAGGAGUUUGAACCUGGGCCUAAGCCCCUGAUGACCUUGCCAGCCUGUGAGGAGGCUGACAGCUACCUCUCGCCCUUAGCCUCAACUAAAUGAGAUCAUGUUUGUGGAAGUCCUUUGCCAAGCCGGGCAGUGCUGCCCAGGGAAUUAGGUGUUGUCCCUUCUUCAUGAAUCAAAGGACUUCACACAUGGGACUCGCUCCAGCAUCGAAGCCACUCAGAGUCCUCACCAUUCUUUUGCCCCUGCCUCUCACCAGUGCCAGGCUGGCAGGAGGCUGCAGUGUGGGGGUUAAGACCACGGGACCCUGACUGGGGUUGUAGCCCCACAACUCCCUAACUGUGGGACCUUGGACAGGUGACUUCAUCUCUGUCAGUUUCCCCACCUGUCGAAUAGAGAUCUGUCUCCUGUCGAAUAGAGAUCUGUCUCCUGUGAGGCUCAUGGCUCAGAGACUAAGUGAGUGAUGAUAGCAGAGCUCAACCUGAGUGCCGGGUGUGUGUCAGGCGCUGCACAUCCAUAUCUGCUGUGGUCUUCCCUGGCUUCCUCCAUGGUGGGGCAUCACUCCGUCUCAGCAGAGGAGGCAGGCUCCGCAGCACCCACUUGCCCAAAGUCUCACAGCAGACUGAGGCUUCACUGCAGAGUAUCUGUAUAGAACGAGGAGAGGACAAGAACAUGCUCUAAAGCCUUUCACAGCAAGACCCGGGAAGAAGCCGCAGGCAAACCCAGACUUGAAGCCCUCCUGCCUCCUGCCCACUAUGGCCUCUGCUGACAAGAAUGGCGGGAGCGUGUCUUCCGUGUCCAGCAGCCGCCUGCAGAGCCGGAAGCCACCCAACCUCUCCAUCACCAUCCCACCCCCUGAGAAAGAGACCCAGGCCCCUGGUGAGCAGAACAGCAUGCUGCCUGAGAGGCCCAAGAACCCAGCCUUCUUGAAGAGCGUCAGCCUCCAGGAGCCACGGGCCCGAUGGCAAGAGAGCUCAGAGAAGCGCCCCGGCUUCCGCCGCCAGGCCUCGCUGUCCCAGAGCAUCCGCAAGGGCGCAGCCCAGUGGUUUGGAGUCAGCGGCGACUGGGAGGGGCAGCGGCAGCAGUGGCAGCGUCGAAGCCUGCACCACUGCAGCGUGCGCUACGGCCGCCUGAAGGCCUCGUGCCAGCGGGACCUGGAGCUCCCCAGCCAGGAGGUGCCAUCCUUCCAGGGCACUGAGUCCCCAAAGCCCUGCAAGCUGCCCAAGAUUGUAGAUCCACUGGCCCGGGGCCGGGCCUUCCGCCACCCGGAGGAGGUGGACAGGCCCCAUGCCCCACACCCACCGUUGACCCCAGGAGUCCUGUCCCUCACCUCGUUCACCAGCAUCCGCUCUGGCUACUCCCACCUGCCACGCCGCAAGAGGAUGUCUGUGGCCCACAUGAGCUUCCAAGCUGCCGCUGCCCUCUUCAAGGGGCGCUCAGUGCUGGAUGCCACCGGACAGCAGUGCCGGGUGAUCAAGCGCAGCUUUGCCUUCCCGAGCUUCCUGGAGGAGGAUGUGGUUGAUGGGGCAGACACAUUUGACUCCUCGUUUUUUAGUAAGGAAGAAAUGAGCUCCAUGCCUGACGAUGUCUUUGAGUCCCCCCCACUCUCUGCCAGCUACUUCCGAGGGAUCCCCCACUCAGCCUCCCCUGUCUCCCCCGAUGGGGUGCAAAUCCCUCUGAAGGAGUGUGGCCGAGCCCCAGUCCCCGGGCCCCAGCGCGGCAAGCGCAUCGCCUCCAAAGUGAAGCACUUUGCCUUUGAUCGGAAGAAGCGGCACUACGGCCUAGGCGUGGUGGGCAACUGGCUGAACCGCAGCUACCGCCGCAGCAUCAGCAGCACCGUGCAGCGGCAGCUGGAGAGCUUCGACAGCCACCGGCCCUACUUCACCUACUGGCUGACCUUCGUCCACGUCAUCAUCACGCUGCUGGUGAUUUGCACGUAUGGCAUCGCACCCGUGGGCUUUGCCCAGCACAUCACCACCCAGCUGGUUCUGCGGAACAAAGGUGUGUACGAGAGCGUGAAGUACAUCCAGCAGGAGAACUUCUGGGUCGGCCCCAGCUCGAUUGACCUGAUCCACCUGGGGGCCAAGUUCUCACCCUGCAUCCGGAAGGACAGGCAGAUCGAGCAGUUGGUGCUGCGGGAACGAGACCUGGAGCGGGACUCGGGCUGCUGUGUCCAGAACGACCACUCAGGCUGCAUCCAGACCCAGCGGAAAGACUGCUCGGAGACUUUGGCCACUUUUGUCAAGUGGCAGGAUGACACUGGGCCCCCCAUGGACAAGUCUGAUCUGGGCCAGAAGCGGACAUCGGGGGCUGUCUGUCACCAGGACCCCAGGACCUGUGAGGAGCCGGCCUCCAGCGGUGCCCACAUCUGGCCUGAUGACAUCACCAAGUGGCCAAUCUGCACAGAGCAGGCCAGGAGCAACCACACGGGCUUCCUGCACAUAGACUGCGAGAUCAAGGGCCGCCCCUGCUGCAUUGGCACCAAGGGCAGCUGUGAGAUCACCACCCGGGAAUACUGUGAGUUCAUGCAUGGAUAUUUCCACGAGGAAGCAACACUCUGCUCCCAGGUGCACUGCUUGGACAAGGUGUGUGGGCUGCUGCCCUUCCUCAACCCAGAGGUCCCAGAUCAGUUCUAUAGGCUCUGGCUGUCUCUCUUCCUACAUGCCGGUGUGGUGCACUGCCUUGUGUCUGUGGUCUUUCAAAUGACCAUCCUGAGGGACCUGGAGAAGCUGGCUGGCUGGCACCGUAUCGCCAUCAUCUUCAUCCUCAGUGGCAUCACGGGCAACCUCGCCAGUGCUAUCUUCCUCCCAUACCGGGCGGAGGUGGGACCGGCCGGCUCACAGUUCGGCCUCCUUGCCUGCCUCUUCGUGGAGCUCUUCCAGAGCUGGCCACUGCUGGAGCGGCCCUGGAAGGCCUUCCUCAACCUCUCGGGCAUCGUGCUCUUCCUGUUUGCCUGCGGCCUCCUGCCCUGGAUUGACAACAUUGCCCACAUCUUCGGCUUCCUCAGCGGCCUGCUGCUGGCCUUUGCCUUCCUGCCCUACAUCACCUUCGGCACCAGCGACAAGUACCGCAAGCGGGCCCUCAUCCUGGUGUCGCUGCUGGCCUUCGCAGGCCUCUUCGCUGGCCUGGUGCUCUGGCUGUACAUCUACCCCUUUAACUGGCCGUGGAUCGAGCACCUCACCUGCUUCCCCUUCACCAGUCGCUUCUGUGAGAAGUACGAGCUGGACCAGGUGCUGCACUGACCCAGGUCCCACGGCUGUGCCAUGGCACCGCUGGCACGGGGGCUGCCUGCGAGGGCUGCCCACUGCUGAGUGCCCUGCAUGCCACAGACCCAAGACAGUGCCCGGGCUCUGGACCCGGGCCCCCCGGUGCCAGGCGAGGCUGACUCAGUGUGAGAUGGUCGGUUAAGCCGGGUUCUUUGGGGACAUGAGGCCUGCGUGAUCCUGGCUCAAGUUCCGGCACACCCAAGGGACCUGCUUCUCCGAGCCUCGGGUCCCGGGUCCCGACAUCCUCCCGCUCCCUGCUGGGACCAUCUCCUGGGGGUCAGGGUCCUUUUCCUCCCAGGGUCCUCAGCACUGCCUCUGCUGAUGCCUUCUCCCCUUCUACUACCCAAGCGUGCCCUUGCUGGGGACGUGGCUGUGCCCUUAGUUGCCCCAGGGCUGGGUGCCCACCAUGGCCCUUCCUGAUUGUCCUACCUCUGCCCUGUGAGCCCAUCCGUAAGGCUCUCAGAUGGAACGUUUCGGGAGAGGCUUUGGCCAUAGUCUAGGGGCAGAGGGCAAGCAAGGAGAUACAAGCAGACCUCAGGUGGAAUGAGUCUGGGUGGAGCCACACCAAGGACUGCUCCCAGCAGGUGCUCAAGGCUCAUCAGGCCCGUUUUCUACCAGUUUAUAUCACAGUCUUAAUUUUUGAAAGGAACGCUAACUUUGUACGGAUAUCUUAUGGAUUAAAUAAUUCUCUUUAUGGCA